CUAACACAGGUAUAUCUUUUGAUCGACGCUUUCUUUUAAACCAGGAUUUCAAAUACAGGUUCGCCUACUUCUGAUAUGUGGUAACUUUUUUCAGUUUUAAUAAGGGCAAAAGAACUUGCUAGCCUUCACUAUCCAGCAAGAGAUUACCCUUUUGAGUCCUUCGAAUUUGUGAUCAUUGCCUCGGGGUCAAUGUUUCAAUUCCCGCACAAGGGUUUAUUAAGCCAUUGAGAGGUGCUUGAAGAUUUAAGAUCUGUAAUUAUGCUGGGUGGAGUGGCAGGAUAAUCACAGAGAGGAGAGCAAGAAAGUGAAGGAGAAAUUUAAAAUGGAGGCAUCGAUGCAGCAGUUUCUAGAAUCAGGGUUGGAGUUUUAUGUCACUAUUGGAAUUCUACUUGUUACCUCUAUUCUAAUUUUCAUUGUUAUAAGGACAUUAAGGCGCAAGAAGGCAGAUACUAUUUUGCUCGUAGGAUUAAGUGGAGGUGGUAAGACUGUACUUUUUUAUCAGCUGCGAGAUGGGUCAUCUCACCAAGGCACUGUGACAUCAAUGGAACCAAAUGAAGACAGCUUUGUUUUACAUUCAGAAUCUUCAAAGAAGGGAAAAAUAAAACCAGUUCACAUUGUGGAUCUGCCGGGUCAUUCAAGGCUGAGACCCAAGUUAGAUGAAUUUUUACCUCAGGCUGCUGGGAUUGUGUUCCUUGUUGAUGCUUUGGAUUUUCUGCCAAACAGUCGAGUCACUGCUGAGUAUCUCUAUGACGUCUUGACAAAGGCUCUUGUUGUGAAGAACAAAAUUCCAGUACUCAUUGUCUGCAACAAGGUGGACAAAGUCACAGCCCACUCAAUGGAUUUCAUACGAAAGCAGUUGGAGAAGGAAAUAGACAAAUUGCGUGCUUCAAGAACCGGUAUAUCAGAUGCAGAUAUUGCCCAUGAAGUGACCUUAGGUGUUGCAGGACAACCCUUCACAUUCUCUCAGUGUAUCAACAAAGUCACAGUCACUGAAGCAUCUGCUAUAUCUGGAAAAAUAUCCGAUGUUGAACACUUUAUCAGGGAACGGGUAAUGCCUUGAUAAAUAAACCUUCAUUAUUACACGUUUACAGUUCACUAGAUGAGAUUUUUGUCACUGCAGCAAUAUUGCCCUGCUUCCUAUUAGCUCUUAAUUCACCAGGUCGCUUAUGUAACAUUUUUUGUGAUGGCCAAAUUUAUAUCGUACAAGUAUAGGCACUAUCCAGCCUAAUGCUGUGGGAUUUUUGAGAAAAAUAGUCAUACAUGUUAAGCAAUAGAUUUUGUGCUGUUGGUUUAUGUUAUUGUAAUACCUCCUUAGGGUCUUCACUUCAGAAAUGGCCAUGAUACAUUUAUUAGAUUCAGGAUUUUUAAAAAUUGCUGUGCUGGAUAACUGGAUUUUCAUUACUCUGGGUGUGGGUGUUAAUCACUUCAGAAAUGGCCAUGAUACAUUUAUUAGAUUCAGGAUUUUUAAAAAUUGCUGUGCCGGAUAACUGGAUUUUCAUUA